AUGUGUAAUCCAGCGGCACCAAUUGAAUCUCCACAAAUUGUGCCAUCAGAAAUUCCACCAGCUGCAAGUUUAGAAAGCAGUAGAGAGAGAUUUAUAUCAGAGAGGCCAGUGGGUGCUCGGACACCACAAGUCAGAAAUAUACCGGACUCCCUUGAUAAUGUGAUAAUUGUUCCCCGCGGUCGUAAUAAUUCCUGGCGCGCACCGCACUACCGACAUAACCAUCCUAAUCGGCGACACAACGCGCACUACCGGGGAAACUUUGGCCCUCGUCCCUCUUUCCCACCGCCUCAACCGCAAAUUCGCCCAGAAUUAGACAGUCGUCCCGACUUAAAAGCUAAUAAAUAA